CGGGCCGCACCGUGGACUCCAUUUCCCGGCGGCCCCGCGCGCGCGGCGCGUGCGCAGUGUCCCGGCGGCGAACGGAAGAUGGCGACGGCGGCGUCUGCGAAGAGGCGCUGCUGAGGGGGCGCGAGGGGGACGGAGGCCGGCGCCGCGGAGAUACGGGACAGCAGGCAUGGCAGGCAGCAGCGGAGAUAGUAUCACUCGCCGGAGUGUGGCAUCCCAGUUUUUCACACAAGAGGAGGGGCCGGGCAUCGAUGGCAUGACCACCUCAGAGAGAGUGGUGGAUCUCCUGAACCAGGCGGCACUGAUCACCAAUGACUCGAAGAUCACAGUACUCAAACAGGUCCAGGAACUGAUCAUCAACAAAGAUCCCACACUACUGGACAACUUUCUGGACGAGAUCAUCGCUUUCCAGGCGGACAAGUCAAUUGAAGUGCGCAAAUUUGUCAUCGGCUUCAUCGAGGAGGCAUGCAAACGAGACAUUGAGUUACUCCUGAAACUGAUCGCAAACCUCAACAUGCUCUUGAGGGAUGAGAAUGUGAAUGUGGUGAAGAAGGCCAUCCUCACCAUGACCCAGCUCUACAAGGUGGCCCUGCAGUGGAUGGUGAAGUCACGAGUCAUCAGUGAGCUCCAGGAGGCCUGCUGGGACAUGGUGUCCGCCAUGGCUGGUGACAUCAUUCUGCUGCUGGAUUCUGAUAAUGACGGCAUCCGCACCCACGCCAUCAAGUUUGUGGAGGGCCUCAUUGUCACCCUGUCACCCCGCAUGGCAGACUCGGAGGUGCCCCGCCGCCAGGAGCAUGAUAUCAGCCUGGACCGCAUCCCUCGUGACCACCCCUACAUCCAGUACAAUGUGCUGUGGGAAGAGGGCAAGGCAGCUUUGGAGCAGUUGCUCAAGUUCAUGGUGCAUCCCGCCAUCUCCUCCAUCAACCUGACCACAGCUCUGGGCUCCCUUGCCAACAUCGCCCGCCAGAGGCCCAUGUUCAUGUCAGAGGUGAUCCAGGCCUACGAAACCCUGCAUGCCAACCUGCCCCCUACGCUGGCCAAAUCCCAGGUGAGCAGCGUGCGCAAGAACCUCAAGUUGCACCUGUUGAGUGUCCUGAAGCACCCGGCCUCCUUGGAGUUUCAGGCCCAGAUUACCACCCUGCUGGUGGACCUAGGCACACCUCAGGCUGAGAUUGCCCGCAAUAUGCCCAGCGGCAAGGAUGCCCGCAAGCGGCCCCGGGACGACUCGGAUUCCACGCUCAAGAAGAUGAAGUUAGAGCCCAACCUGGGGGAAGAUGAUGAGGACAAGGACUUGGAGCCGGGCCCAUCGGGAACCUCCAAGGCCUCAGCCCAGAUCUCAGGCCAGUCAGAUACAGACAUCACCGCCGAGUUCCUGCAGCCUUUGCUGACACCUGACAACGUGGCCAAUCUGGUCCUCAUCAGCAUGGUGUACCUGCCCGAGGCCAUGCCCGCCUCCUUCCAAGCCAUCUAUACCCCCGUGGAGUCAGCAGGCACCGAAGCCCAGAUCAAGCACCUGGCUCGGCUCAUGGCCACACAGAUGACGGCUGCGGGACUGGGGCCAGGUGUGGAGCAGACCAAACAGUGCAAGGAGGAGCCCAAGGAGGAGAAGGUGGUGAAGCCAGAGAGUGUCCUGAUUAAGCGACGCCUGUCGGCCCAGGGCCAGGCCAUCUCAGUGGUGGGCUCCCUGAGCUCCAUGUCUACUCUGGAGGAGGAGGCGCCCCAGGCCAAGAGGAGGCCAGAGCCCAUCAUCCCUGUCACACAGCCCCGGCUGGCGGGCGCUGGUGGGCGCAAGAAAAUCUUCCGUCUGAGCGAUGUGCUCAAGCCCCUGACCGACGCCCAGGUUGAGGCUAUGAAGCUGGGCGCCGUGAAGCGGAUCCUCCGGGCAGAGAAGGCCGUGGCCUGCAGCGGGGCGGCCCAGGUGCGCAUAAAGAUCCUGGCCAGUCUGGUGACACAGUUUGACUCGGGCCUGAAGGCCGAGGUCUUGUCCUUCAUCCUGGAGGAUGUGCGGGCCCGCCUGGACUUGGCCUUCGCUUGGCUCUACCAGGAGUACAAUGCCUACCUGGCAGCUGGUGCCUCGGGCACCCUGGACAAGUACGAGGACUGCCUUAUCCGCCUGCUCUCCGGCCUGCAGGAGAAGCCAGACCAGAAGGAUGGGAUCUUCACCAAGGUUGUGCUAGAGGCACCGCUGAUCACUGAGAGCGCCCUGGAGGUGAUUCGCAAGUACUGUGAGGAUGAGAGUCGCACUUACCUGGGCAUGUCUACUCUUCGAGACCUGAUCUUCAAGCGCCCGUCCCGCCAGUUCCAGUACCUGCAUGUUCUGCUAGACCUCAGCUCCCACGAGAAGGACAAGGUGCGUUCCCAGGCCCUGCUGUUCAUCAAGCGCAUGUACGAAAAGGAGCAGCUGCGAGAGUAUGUGGAGAAAUUUGCCCUCAACUACCUGCAACUCCUGGUCCACCCCAACCCGCCAUCUGUGCUGUUUGGAGCUGACAAGGACACAGAGGUGGCAGCGCCCUGGACCGAGGAGACAGUAAAGCAGUGUCUAUACCUCUACCUGGCUCUCCUGCCUCAGAACCACAAGCUGAUCCACGAACUGGCCGCCGUGUACACUGAGGCCAUCGCUGACAUCAAGCGGACGGUGCUGAGGGUCAUCGAGCAGCCGAUCCGAGGAAUGGGCAUGAACUCACCAGAGCUGCUCCUGCUGGUAGAAAACUGUCCCAAGGGGGCAGAGACACUGGUCACACGAUGUCUGCACAGCCUCACGGACAAAGUCCCGCCCUCCCCGGAGCUGGUGAAGCGGGUCCGGGAUCUCUACCACAAGCGAUUGCCAGAUGUCCGCUUCCUCAUCCCUGUGCUCAAUGGACUGGAGAAGAAAGAAGUGAUCCAGGCCCUGCCAAAGCUCAUCAAACUCAACCCCAUUGUGGUGAAAGAGGUCUUCAACCGCCUGCUGGGCACCCAGCACGGUGAAGGGAACUCGGCCUUGUCCCCGCUGAACCCUGGAGAGCUGCUUAUUGCGUUGCACAACAUUGACUCGGUGAAGUGUGACAUGAAGUCCAUCAUCAAAGGUGAGGCGCUCCCCCCAUCCCCCCCCAAGUGGCCUGGCUGCUGUGGACCCAGGGAAGAACCUCAGUCACCCACAUGUCCCCACUGGAAUCUGCCAAGUUGGAGAUUGUGCCACCUGCAACCCCAUCUCAGCUCUGGAUACCCGCCCUCCUCCCUUUUCCUCCCUCCUCCUCUCCCUCCUCCCUCCCUCCCUCCAUCCAAGGAACUGGCUUAUCUACUAUGCGCUGGCACAGAGUAGCCCUCAAGAAAGGUGGGGAGCCCCUCCCUCCCCAGGCCUGGCCUGAGGAAUGAAGGAAGCUGAGCCCUCGGCCGAGCAGGGGCAGAGGUGUGGCCAGCAGAGCAGAUGGAGCGCACCGGGGCACUUGUUGGACGAGGAGUAGGUGCAGAGUCCGGUCUGGGCUCCUGGGCUCCGGUUGAGGCAGGAGAAUGUGCCUCCAGGGCAGGGGCUUGGGGACAAGCUGGCCGGCUCACCACAAUCAGCAGUUUAAUAAUGGCUGCUGUCACCGUUUAGUGAGCACUUACACUGAGCCCGGGCGUCCUCUGUGCCCUACGGGCCUGCCUGCCCCUGUGCACCGCCCCUUAACCUGGUGAGUAUGCCGACGUCCGUGUUAUAGACAAGGAAAUGGAGGUUCCGGAGAGACUGAGUAACUUGCUCAGGGCCACACACAGCUAAGUGGUGUAAUAGAACGUAACAGGAGCUGACGUCCAGUAGACCCGAGCUGGAAUCCGGCUCUGCCAGUUCCACCUGUGCGUGUGCACCCUGGGUCUCGGGCCGCCUCCCUAGAAGCCUUCUGUCCCUCAGCCCUCCUCAGCACUACCCCCGCUCCUCCCCGAGGGAGGUUUCUGGUCCAGAAGCCGUGCUUUCCCACGGAGGUGGGAGCCCUUACUGUCGCCUGCUGUCCUCAGAAGACACCUUUGACCCGUCUCCUUUAAGAGCAAGGAGGGGAGGUCUUCCCCUCGCCACUUAGUUUCACGUGUGGCCUAAAGUAGCUUCUUAGAAGACUACUUGUUUCCUACCUUCCUCAGCAAGUUCGGUCAGAAUCUUUUAGAUCAAGAGAGGAGCUAACGGAAAUUUAAAACCCACACCACAACUGAGGAGGCACUAAGGCCUCUAGCGAAAAGGGUCUCGAAGCUGAGCAUCCAGAAGUGGCCUUCUUAUUUAUUUUUUUUUUAAGUUUGUUUAUUUAUUUACUUACUUAAGUAAUCUCCACACCCAGCGUGAUGCUCAAACUCAGAACCCAGAGAUGAAGAGUCGCAUGCUCCUGCGACUGAGCCAGCCAGGCACCCCUAGGAGUGGCCUUUUUACACACUGUCGCCCCUUUGAUGUCAGGGAAGCUCUGGGCCCACUCCCAAGGACGGUACGCUCACACAGUUUUGCGUACAAUUUGAGGGGAUUCACAGACCCCACCACCCCCAUAACUCCAUUCACAGACCCAGAUGUAGUCCCUGGGGGAACACCUGGCUGCAGGUUGCUCCAGUGAACAGUGGCCAGGUCCCUGGAGAGAUCCUCAAGGCCUAGCCUUUUUAAAUGUAUCUCUUUUUAAAUGCUUAUUUUUGAGAGAGAGAGACGGAGAGCACGAGCAAGGGAGGGGUAGAGAGAGGUAGGGGACAGAGGUUCCGAAGCGGGGCCUAUGCUGAACAGCAGAGAGCCCGAUGUGGGGCUCGAACUCACAAGCCGUGAGAUCAUGAACCUGAGCUGAAGUCGGUCACUUAAUCAACUGAGCCCCCCAGGAUAAGCAUUCUUUCAUGGCAUUCACACCCCUUUUAAACCACCCUCUUUCUGUGGUGAGUUUUUCUAUAACUGGACCUGCCCCUGGUGACCUGGUGCAGCAAUUAAGAAAACUCACUGAGCACCUCUGCUCAGCCCUUUGCUGGGUGGUGCUGGGAUGGAGACAGCCUUGGUCCUCCCUCAGGGACUCAGUCUAUCCCCGGACGAUAACAACCCACAGUGAGCAGGGCUGAGACAGGGGAGCCCCAAGGGGACACCAAAACUGAAACCACAGAAGGAGGAGUAGGAGUGAGGUAGCUGGGGAGAUGAUGAUCCCAGAGAAAGCAAGACUAUUUGCAGAGGCCAAGAGAUGUGCUGGCAUGGUGUGGUUCUGGAACUGCAGACAUGAAGCUGAUUAGAUCUUGUGGUUUAGGGGAAGGGGCCCGGUCAAGAGAGGUCAGACUGGAAGCAUUAAGAAAACCAUGCCUGGGCCCCAUCCACAGAGUGUCUCAUAGGCCCACAGUAGGAGAUUGGGCUUGAUUUCUGGGAGGCAUGGGGUUCAGAGUAAGCUUUUUAAAAACCCCUCAGGCUGCUAUGGAGGGUGGAUUAGAGGGCUGGGUGGGAGGCCCAGGAGGAGACUGGAGCAGAGGGGGAGGAGAGGACAGGGAGUUGGUUGUGGACCCUUUCAGGCAGAGCAGGCAGGAGCCAGCCACUGCCUGGAAGGGAGGAGGAGGCGCUUUCUUGGUUUCUGGUAGGUUCACUCUGGCUUCUACACUGUCCUCUGGCCCAGAUACCUGCCCUGUCCCCAUCCAGUCUCCUUCCUGCCUGCAUUCCUGUAAUGCCUCCGUCCUCCCCCUGUUCCUUAUAGGAGCCCCCUCAUUCCUUAUAGGCACCCACCCCUGUUCUCCAUUAGCCUCUCAAGGAUUGGGGGCCUCUCUUCUGGCUCAAUAAAGACUUCCUGGUUGACAGAC